CGGGCAGCCGAAGCCGGGCUUGUCCGGGCAAGUAGCGGCGGCGGCCGGCAAGGGCUCCACGUGUAGGCCGGGAAAGCGCGGCAGGGUCUUCAGCACACUGCCCCAUUGGAAGACAGCCUCCAGGGCUCCUCUCACCCCCAGCUGCUAGCUGCCUGGCAUGGUGCUGGGAGAAGCCCCUGAGUCUACUCAGUGUCCACCCUUCUCCGGCCUGAAUUCCAAGGAUGUGGUUCGGAAGAGACACAAGAGGAGAAGCCGGCAGCACCAGCGGUUCAUGGCCCGCAAAGCCUUGCUACGGGAGCAGGAGCUGUUGAGCAUGGCUCCAGGGCCAGGCUCCUGCCCUCUGGCCUCCCCGUCACAGACACCAGCAGACACAGAGGCUUCAGGCAGCAGAAGGCAGCGUCCCAAGGCCAGGUCCGGCCGUGGUGGCCCAUGCAGCAAAAGGCCUGUCCCCAGAGAAGCCCCAAGGCCUGGGCCCAGCAAGUGUGUCGCCAUUGACUGUGAGAUGGUGGGUACAGGCCCCUGUGGGCGGGUGAGUGAGCUGGCCCGCUGCUCUGUGGUGAGUUACAACGGAGAUGUUCUCUACGACAAGUACGUCCGGCCUGAGAUGCCCAUUGUGGACUAUCGCACCCGCUGGAGCGGCAUUACCCGCCAGCACAUGCGCAAGGCCAUCCCCUUCCAGGUGGCUCAGAAAGAGAUCCUGAAGCUCCUGAAGGGCAAGGUGGUGGUGGGGCAUGCACUCCACAAUGACUUCCAGGCCCUCAAGUAUGUUCAUCCUCGGAGCCAGACUCGGGAUACCACUUACGUCCCAAACCUGCUCAGCCAGCCCAGCUUCCACACCCGAACUCGGGUCUCUCUUAAGGACUUGGCCCUGCACCUGCUGCACAAGAAGAUCCAGGUAGGUCAUCAGGGACACUCGUCUGUGGAAGAUGCCAUGACAGCCAUGGAGCUCUACCAGCUGGUGGAGGUGCAGUGGGAACAAGAAGAGGCCAAUAACGCCAAGGCCCCUCCUGAGGACAGGGGACCCGACAGCAGCACUGACGUGGAGCAGUACAUGGAGGACCAGUACUGGCCUGAUGAGCUGACCCAGAGCACCAGUGGAGAAACACAGGAGUGAGAGGAAGGAGCAGGCCAUGGCAGAUGGGGCAGGGAGCCGGGAGGGGUCCUCCCUAGGCAGACAGGGCAGGCAGCAGCCUGGUAGACAGGGUCAGAGCACUCACCUGUCCACAUGCUGGUUCACAGCCCCGCCUCCUGCAUCUAAGGGAUGCUUCUCCCCAGUUUCUGUGGUUUUGCUAAUGACACUAGGCAGACCUUGUCCUAGUGCCCAGCGGGUACAGGGAAAGUAUUUAAGGACCUUCCAAGGCUAUCACUGGCUCCCUGAGCCACGACUUCCGGGGUCAGUGCUGUGCUGCUCUGGGGUAAAGUGUCUCCCCCAGGAGUGGUGGGUGCAGUCUGUCCUGGAGCUCCGUCUCCCCCUCUGGCAGGGUGAAGUUCAGUUGUUCUUGCCACCUCUGUUCUUCCACAGAUGUGUUCAGGAUCACAGUAACCUGGAGUUAGGUCCUAUAAAGAAGACGUGUUCCCUGUCUGCAAUAGAAUAUUAUUUUAAGGCGUGUUACUGUUGUUUAUGUUGCAUUUGUUUAACUCUGUGAGGCUGUGUUACUGAGCCUGUCUAAAACACCUGAUGGUCUAAUAAAGAACUGAACGGCCACUAGCAAGGCAGGAGAAAGGACAGGUGGGGCUGGCACAGAGAAUAUAUAAUAGGAGGAAAAAAUAGAUGGAGGAAUAAAGAGAAGAGGUAGCCCGAGAAGGAGGAAGACUCCAGGGGCCAGCCAUAAGCUACACAGCAAGCCACGGAAUGAGAGUAAGAUUGACAGAAGUAAGAGAAAGGAAAAGCCCAGAGGCGAAAGGUAGUCGGGAUGAUUUAAAGAUAAGAAUAGCUGGAUACGACUUUUAAGAAAAGGAGGUCUGACUAAACCUCCAUGUGUGAUUUAUUUGGGAGCUGGUGGUGGGCCCCCCACAAAAGAGCAGAAACAACCAACACCACCUGUUAACUUAGCUGUCCUAUGUCCCAAGGGUAACUUUAGGGGACUAAGUCACUAAGCAAGGGCUCAGAUCACACCAUCCUCUCAUAAAGCCUCAUCCUUACUGCUCCGUAACAUUGAGACAUUAGGCAAGCCUGUGGCUUCCCCGUGGAGCCUGUUUCCCUCUCUGUAAAGUGAGGAGAGUGAUAGACCUACCUCAAGGAACGCUUAGGUGCUUUGCAUGCGUCCUAGUGAUGAAAGAGAAUGGGUUCUAUUCAGGCCAGUGCCUGACUUCUGAGCUGUUAUGGCCCGGGAAGUCCUCUGGUUUGGGCCAGGGCAUUGCAGGGGAAUUCAGAGUUCUCUGCAGGUCUUGUUACCAGCUUUUGGCUUCACAUCAGCUUCCAGCCACUGUAUUUGGAAAAGUGACAGCAGUAACCCAGAUAGGGUCAGAAAGGAAGGGACACUCCUGAGUCCAUACUUUCCACUGUCAGCCGAGGUCCUGAUGCACAAAACCUUAGUCACCGAUUGCUUGCUUGCUGGCUCCUCCCUGCCAGGGGAAGAGAGCUGGCCAAAUCAUCACCACUUCUGGCCUGGCGCCAGGGGUAAGCUCUUGUUUCCUUAAAAAGCAACAGCUUGUGCCAACCUCGCUGCUGGGUAGUAGCUUGAAGGCUUCAUUUGUGGCUUGAAGGGUGGUGGAACUGAUAGCCUGUGGAAGUGUACUGUGGGAAAUCAGCUUGCUCGUGGUACUGGGCCAUUAAUGCAGAAAUAAAGCUCAAUUGGAAAAGUA